AUGGGUGCCUACAAAUACGUCGAGGAGCUCUACAAGAAGAAGCAGAGCGAUGUUCUCCGUUUCCUUCUCCGAGUUCGCUGCUGGGAGUACCGCCAGCUCAACGUGAUCCACCGAGCUUCGCGCCCUUCUCGCCUGGACAAGGCGCACCGCCUCGGCUACAAGGCCAAGCAGGGCUACGUUAUCUACCGCAUCCGUGUUCGCCGCGGUAACCGCAAGAAGCCCGUCCCCAAGGGUGCCACCUACGGCAAGCCCGUCAACCAGGGUGUCAACCACCUCAAGUACCAGCGUUCGCUGCGUUCCACCGCCGAGGAGCGUGUCGGCCGCAAGUGCAGCAACCUGCGCAUCCUCAACUCGUACUGGAUCAACCAGGACGGUGUCUACAAGUACUUCGAGGUCAUCGCCGUUGACCCGCAGCACAAGGCCAUCCGCCGCGACCCGCGCAUCAACUGGAUCGCCAGGGCUGUGCACAAGCGCCGCGAGUGCCGUGGCCUUACGGCUACGGGCAAGAAGAGCAGAGGCCAGGGCAAGGGCCACCGCUUCAACAAGACCCAGGGCGGUGGAAAGAACUCUACUAUCCGCAAGCGCGACACGCUCCAGCUCCGCCGUUACCGUUAA